AGCACUCUCCUUCCCGAUUUCACUGGCUAUGCCAUUGACAACAACUCUAUCCUCCUCACCAAGCGCCUCUCCUCUGGCUCCUUCGGCGUCGUCUAUCGCGCCGUCUCUCUUAAAUCUCGUCUAGUCAAGGAGUACGCUGUCAAAUGUCUUUUGAACCUUGAUCCUGAUACUCCUCGCUCUGAAGCGCUGGUUCGCGAAGUAGCGUUGCAUGUGACGGUGUCCGAUCACCCUGGCAUCGUUACCAUCCACGACGUGGUUGAAGGAGAGAAAUUCUCAUUCAUUGUCAUGGACUAUUGCCCUGGUGGCGAUUUGUUCCAAGCGUCCGUGGCGCGUCGGCUCUUCAGGUGGAAUGACGAUCUCUUGAAGCAGGCCUUCAUGAACAUCAUCGACGCCGUCGAGGAGUGCCACAGGCGAGGUGUCUAUCAUCGCGAUCUUAAGCCUGACAAUAUCCUCAUCUCUAAAGAUGGCAAACAAACGUGGCUGACCGAUUUUGGUCUUGGGACGUUCGACAUGAUCUCAAACGAGCACCACGUCGGAACCCCUAGCUACAUGAGUCCUGAGUGCCUCGGUAAAGAUUCGCGGGAAGCGUAUCUCACUGCACAUAAUGACAUAUGGUCGCUCGGAAUCAUCCUCUUCGUGAUGAUCUCUGGUGAGAUGCCUUGGAGGCGUGCGCAAAAUGACGACUCCGUCUACAGAGACUUCCGUCGCUGGAGAACCUUCUCUGGACACCCCGUAUCAACUGAAGCUGAAACUCUGUUACUCCGAAUCUUCACCCAAGACCCUACUAGACGAAUUUCACUCGCACGUCUGCGCGAGGAGAUCGUCAAGAUUAAGACGUUCUUC